ACCUUCAUCGCUUUUGGCUCCUUCCCCCCAGUAGCCACCGCAGCAAAUUCCAUAGCACUCACACAAAUGCAAAAAUCUUGACAUAAAAAAUGUUGUUUUUUCACAUAAUUUCUGGAAAUUUCACAUAAGAACGUGGAUUUUUCAAUUAUUUGAAAAAAAUGGCUUUAACGAGAACCAAGAUCAGUAAACUGUUAAUUACUCCUACUUUCUCCAAAAUGCCGAGUUUUGCAUUUGCAUGUGGAUCCGGAAAGUGUUUCCGGGUCGAUCAGUUUAGGAAUUUUGGAUCAUCAUCUUCGUUUUCCUCGACCUGGGCUGCGGCGGCUGUUGUUCCCGAGGAGGAAAACGAGUCUAAAUUAUUCGGGUUGGUGAGGGAAUAUGAAGAUUAUCGGAGGAAUCUGUAUGGUGGCUUGACCCAUAAGGCCCUUCUUGUUGAUGCAGUGGGCACUCUUGUUGUUCCUUCCCAGCCCAUGGCUCAGAUUUAUCGGCAAAUUGGUGAAAAAUAUGGAGUGGAGUAUUCCGAAGAUGAGAUAUUAAAUAGAUACAGAAGGGCAUAUGAGCAGCCUUGGGGUCGAUCUCGCCUCAGAUACGUUAAUGAUGGGAGACCAUUCUGGCAAUACAUUGUCAGUUCUUCAACUGGCUGUUCGGAUUCUCAGUUCUUUGAGGAGUUGUAUAACUAUUAUACGACUGAAAAGGCUUGGCACCUUUGUGAUCCAGAUGCUGGGAAAGUAUUCGAGGCCCUUAGGAAAGCAGGUGUAAAAGUGGCUGUUGUUUCGAACUUCGAUACACGAUUAAGGCCCUUAUUGAGAACUCUGAAGUGUGAUCACUGGUUCAACGCAAUGGCAGUGUCGGCAGAAGUUGAAGCAGAGAAGCCAAAUCCGACAAUAUUUUUGAAAGCUUGCGAGUUACUAGGAGUAGAACCCGAGGAUGCUGUACAUGUUGGGGAUGAUCGGAGAAAUGACGUCUGGGGUGCCAGAGAUGCAGGCUGUGAUGCUUGGCUUUGGGGAAGUGAUGUUAACUCCUUCAAAGAGGUUGCUCAAAGAAUAGGAGUCGAUGUCUGAAUGAAAAUUAUUGGAUUAUCAUCGGUAGUAGAAUGCUUUCAUUGUAUAAAAGGCUACUUGUUUCUCUCUCUCCCGAACCCCAUUGUAUAUAUUCUCCUUGUGGUGUCAUCUGUGUGAGAGAGACCAAAAAGGCUAUUUUCCCUUUAGUUAAAGAUUGAUGAUUUUCUGGUUUUUCUUUGCUACACU